AUUGUAGUGUGACUGUCGGGUUUAGCAAACAACUAGGAAACUGUGGCAUGGACGGGACCGUUUUCCAAGCAUUAAUUGCCCAACACAGAAUGAGAGCCCUGGCUUUCGGUAUGUUUUUGGUCCUUCUCCUUAUCAAAGAUACUUCAAUGACGGUGAGGAAGCAUUACAUUGCAGCAGUGGAGUUUAACUGGGAUUACAGGAGCAGCAAUCUCCUGUCAGGGCUGGGAGCUGGGAACGUGAGGUCACAAUAUUCUUACAGGACGUUUCCUCAGUACAGGAAGGCAGUUUUUGUGGAAUUCAAGGAUUCUUCAUUCCUCAUACCAGAACCAAAGCCCAAGUGGAUGGGAAUUCUUGGUCCCACAAUUCGAGCAGAAGUCAAUGACAAAGUAAUAAUCCACUUUAAGAAUCUAGCCUCACGGCCUUACAGCAUUCAUCCAUUUGGAAUCUCCUACUGGAAGAUGUCUGAAGGAGCUUCAUACAAUGACCACACAUCCAUGCCUGAGAAGAAAGAUGACAUUGUGGCACCCAAAGGUGAAUACAUAUACGUCUGGGAAGUAACUGAGAAUCUUGGCCCAAUGAAUGGUGAUUCCAAUUGUCUUACCUAUGCCUAUUCUUCACAUGUGGACCCUGUGAGGGAUUUCAACUCAGGAUUAAUUGGAGCAAUGCUCAUAUGUAAACAAGGGACUCUAAAUGAAUUUGGAAAGCAAAUCGAUCGACAGGAGUUUGUGCUUUUGUUCUCGAUCAUUGAUGAAAGUAAAAGCAUGUACCUUGAAACAGACAGGAUCAGAUAUAUGAUUCCUGGCCCUCAGAAUAUCAAAGGGCAGAUGUACUCAAUAAAUGGCUAUAUCAAUGUCUCUUUACCAGAUCUAAAUAUUUGCAAAACCAAAGUUGUCAGCUGGCAUCUAAUAGCCAUGGGCUCCACCCCAGAGCUAUACUCCAUUUACUUCAAUGGAUAUGGGCUCCUAUUACGUGGCCACAGAGUUGUCUCAGUUGAAUUGGCUCCAACAGCAUUUGUGACUGCAGAAAUGAUCCCAAGUCAUGAGAACAAAUGGUUACUCAGCUGUCAAAACCCAAACCAUCAACAAGCUGGAAUGAAGGCUCACUUUAAUAUAGAGGGAAUCUGUGAAGAAGAAAACCCUUCCGUUUGGAAAACUGGGAAAGUGGAGGACAAGGAGGAAGAAGGUGAUUAUGGUGAUUAUGAAAAUGAGAAAGAGGAUGAAGAGAACAUUCCGAUAAAAGUUAACUACUUACCACGGACAACUGUUACCAAAAGUAGGUCAAUGGAAUGGAUUUAUUAUAUUGCUGCUGUGGAGUGUAAAUGGGAUUAUGCUCCAACUCUUCCAGACUAUAUGAGCAGUGAGUUAAGAGGCAAGUUUCUGGAAAGGGGUCCAGACCGAAUUGGGAAGGAGUAUAAAAAGGUUGUUUAUGUGGAGUAUACUGACAGCACCUUCACAGUUGUAAAACACAAACCAAGUCCAGAUUCUUCAAAGGGAAUUCUGGGCCCAAUUUUACGUGGAGAGGUUGGAGAUCGCUUUAAGAUCAUCUUUAAGAAUCUUGCUAGCAGACCGUACAAUAUUAAUCCACAUGGGCUGACAGAAAUAAAGGUGGACAAAGCUGAAGGUCACAAUAUAAGAAAUCUCAUUGUUCAGCCCAAUAAAACAGUCACUUACUUGUGGAGUGUGACUGAAAGCGAUGGACCUACCGACUCUGACCUAGGCUGCCUGACUCGAUUUUACUUCAGCAGUGUGGAUAUGGAUCGUGAUAUAACCUCAGGGCUCAUUGGGCCUCUGCUGAUCUGUGGAAAAAACAUGCUUGAUAUUAAUGCAAGAUUGGUAAAGAUUGACAAAGCCAAAUACCUUUUCUUCUCAAUAUUUGAUGAAAAUAAGAGUUGGUACAUAAAUGAUAAUAUUGAAAAAUACUGCGAAGAUCCAUCAGGGGUGAAUCCAAGUGAUCCUGAAUUUUAUGAUUCCAACCUCAUGCACAGUAUUAAUGGGUUUGUCUAUGAAAAUGUCCCCAAGUUGAAGUUUUGCGAGGAUGAAGUGAUUUUUUGGCAUGUAAUAGUUGGCGCUCAAGACAACUUUCUUUCAAUCUACUUCCAUGGACAAACUUUUAAGUGUGAUGGGGUGUAUGAAGAUGUGUUAACUCUUUUCCCAUUUUCCAGUCAAACGAUCCGCAUGGACAUGGAUAACAUUGGCUUGUGGCUCCUGGAACCCCUCAAUUAUCGUUAUCAAAUUCAGGGCAUGAGAGCAAAGUUCCGAGUUCGUAACUGUGACAAUGACCCAGAAAUCAUGGAAGACUUUUUUAAGGAUGAGGCUUAUGGAAACAUACUUCAAGAAGAGAAGAAGCAACAUUUUUUUGCACCACGAGGAUUCAAGAGGCACAACAACAACAAUGUAACAGAAGGAAUUGAACUGGAGGAAUUAAUGAACAUCACCGAUUAUGGGGAAAAUAUGACUGAGCAAGACCCUAUCUGGUCACAUUGUAGGCAAAAACAACAACACAUCUUAAGUAAGCGAUACACUAAGGGAAAGAAAGAAAAUCAUUUUCUGAAUCAGGGUAACCAUUUGUCCAAAGACCCCAAUGAACUGAAUCAAACUAUUAGAAAGGAUUUCUAUGAUCCAACUGAAACCAGCAAGAAGCAAAAUACAAAAGAAUCUGAUAAAAUGCACUCUUCCUUCACCAAGGACAGCAGAGUUAAUAAACACAAUAAGAAUGGGGAAGUUGAUGAGUUAAUUAAAACAAACUACAGUUCGGAUGAUCUUGUUCAGACAAAUCAAAUGAGAGAGAUACCAUUACAUGAUCACUCAGAAGCUAACCUGACCUUUACAAGAACAGAUGGAAAACUAGACUUCCCCAAUGAAAACCAGGUUCUUAAAAAAGAGAUUGUAUUGACCAACAAAUUGCAAUUGAAUCAAAGCCAAAAGCUGGAUGAUGGGUUUACCACAAAGACCCAGAUUCAAAAAACAUCUACAUUUGAACAGGUAUUUAGCAAUGGAACAAAGGGAAUGAAAUUAUGGGAUAAUGAUACAGAUGCAACCUUUAGGGAAUCUGAGGGUAUAACACCCAAUGGGACAUCAUUUAACAAAACGUCAACCACAGAAACUGCAAUCAAUUCCCAACUGGCCGGGGAAGAAGUUCUUGAAUAUGACGACUACACAGAAGAAGUUAACAGUGGAAUUGGUGAGGAAUCUAACUACAGAGAUCUGCAUGAUACUAGCUUCAGAACUUUCUCGAACAGUGACUGGUGCCUAGAGAAUCCAAAUCACAUCCUUCGAUCUUCCAAUUCACAGUCUAAAUACUAUUACAUUGCAGCUGUAGAACAGAUAUGGGAUUAUGAAGCCAGCCAAACAGCUGGAGCUUCCAAGCAUAGGCAGAAGCAGCAAUCACGGGGGCAGAGUCUUGGCAGCAAAUUCAAGAAGGCAAUAUUUCUGCAAUACAAAGACAACUUGUUCAAAAGUCCCGUAAUCCGUGGAGAAAGUGAAGAACAUUUGGGCAUUCUUGGGCCUGUCAUCAGUGCUGAGGUCAAUGAUAUUAUUGUGGUGAAGUUCAAGAAUAUGGCCUCCAGACCUUUCUCCAUUCAUGCUCACGGUGUGCCACGUGAGAUACCUUCUGAAUACAAAUAUGAAGAGGAGGAGCUGAUAGACUGGCCUAGACAGGCUGAUGAUAUAGUUUAUCCAAAUAAAACAAAGGUUUACAUUUGGCAUGUAACAAAGGGAUCAGCACCCACUGACAAGGACUUUGACUGCAGAGCCUGGACAUAUUACUCAGAUGUCAACCCAGAACGAGACAUCCAUACGGGUUUGAUUGGUCCUAUAAUCAUUUGUAGAAGAGGGACGCUACACAAGAUCGCUGAUGGGAGCCUCAAGGUUCAGGAAUUCUCUUUGCUUUUCAUGACUUUUGAUGAAAACAAAAGCUGGUACUUAGAAGACAACAUCAAAAUGUUCUGCGAAACCCCUUGUCAUGUCAGGCCAGAGGACCCUGCAUUUCAACACAGCAUUAAAUUUCACGCCAUCAAUGGGCAUGUGGCAGAAACCCUGCCGGGGUUGGUAAUGGCACAGAACCGAUUAAUCCACUGGCAUCUCAUAAACAUGGUUGGAUCUGCUGGUAUCUACAGUGUGCAUUUUCACGGCCAACCUUUUAUAAUGAGAAGAUCCAAAGAGCAUAGGAUGGGUGUUUACACACUGUUCCCUGGUUCAUUUGGAACCAUCGAAAUGUACCCGACCAAAGUGGGCUAUUGGCUUGUGGACUGUGAGACUGCUGAACACGAAAAGGCAGGGAUGCGUGCCAUUUUCCUAGUCUACAAUGCCUACUGCAGAGUGCCCCUGGGUCUAGCAACUGGAAGAAUAGAAGAUUCACAACUCACAGCUUCUGGACACAUCGGGAAGUGGAGACCUCAAUUGGCAAGGUUACACAACUCUGGAUUCACUAAUGCAUGGCGGGCCAAAGGAAGUCGACCGUGGAUUCAGGUUGAUUUAAAGACACCAAUGUUAGUUCAUGGAAUAAUUACACAGGGAGCCCGCCACUAUUUUAAGCACCUAUAUGUGGAUCACUUUUAUAUUUCCUAUAGCCUGGACACCUAUGACUGGAAAAGCUACAAAAGCAAUACCUCCUUAGACAUUAAAAUAUUUACAGGAAACACUGAUGGAAUAGGACAGGUGAGAAACGAUUUCAAUCCACCAAUCAUAGCCCGGUAUAUCAGAGUGUACCCUAAGCCAAGCAUGGGAGACUCUGCACUACGAAUGGAGUUGCUGGGUUGCGAUCUACAGAGUUGUUCUUUGCCAUUAGGGAUGGAGAGUAUGGUCAUCUUAGACCAUCAACUCACUGCCUCCUCAUUCUGGGUUAGCAUGAGUGCAUGGGUUCCAUCACUGGCUCGCCUCAACAAAGAAGGGUUCACAAAUGCAUGGGUACCAAAGAGGAACAAUCCACAUGAAUGGUUUCAGAUCAACUUUCAACACAGGAAAAAAAUUACAGGAAUUAUAACCCAGGGUGCCAACCACCUGGGGCGGGCUAUGUUUGUGAAGGAGUAUAUUAUCUCGUAUAGUGAUGAUCGAAACAGCUGGACAGUAAUUAAAGAUACACGAAACUUGAAGAAAAAGGUAUUUAAAGGGAAUGUGGACAGUAAAAGCCAAGUUCAGAACACCUUUGAUCCUCCCAUAUUUGCUCAGUAUUUGAGAAUUCUUCCACAAACCUGGCAACGAAAUAUUGCUCUCCGUGUCGAGGUAUUGGGAUGUGAGACAGAACAGAGACUUUAAAGUCAAAAUAAAUGUAUUAAAAAUGAGCAAAAUUAAAUAUAUUUAAUAAAUA